AUGGCUACAGGGAGUUACUCAUUGGCAGAAGUCCUAGAGGUGGCUAGAAUCCACCCAUUCUACAACCCAGGUAUUGUGUAUCCUCCGGAUAUUGGAACAAUCCAGCGACUUCAAGAGUCAAUUGGUGCAAAAGCGGAACCUCCUCUGCACGAGCAGCAACUGCUCACUAAAAAAGCGCUGUAUACGGCAAUUGCACGGCUUACCCAUGAUUAUGACCCUCUGAACACAUAUCGGCGAAGUUCCUAUAUGUCUAUCACUGGCGGUGGUUCUGGGGGAGUUCCCAUGAUGUUCGCAGUCGAUGUGCAUGAGAAUCGUCGACAAAGAGCGCAGAUGGGUAAUUUUAUCAAAAUUUGUGGUGUAAUUCAGCCGGGAGAUUGGGCAUUAUCCAUCCAUUUGGCCGGAGGCUUUUACCGGUCCCUCGAUCUCACGACGGAAAUAUUGGAGAAUGCGGGAGCAACUGUUCUCAGCGCCGGAAAUAAUAUGCCACUUGCAGAAGUUGCUAGGUCUCUAGCUGACUAUCAUGUCAAUGUUUUGACCGGUGAUGGCAGCCAGAUUGUCCAAGUCGUUUAUCAUAUUUCGAUGAUGUCUCAAGAGGAUCGUGGUCGCAUCAAGCUGGAUAAAAUAGUAUACACCUCGGAACCCCUCACUGGACCCCAGCGAGUGUUCAUCAACACGAUUCUGAGUGGUGUGAAAAUUAUUUCCUUCUUGGGGAGCACAGAAGCAGGUGCCUGGGCAAUCAGCAACCCCGAUCUAACGGGGGAACAGGAUCCCACCGGGAGUAGCGCCGACUUCGUCUUUGACAGGCGCAAUGUCCUAAUUGAGAUCAUAUCGCCCUCCAAAUCUGAUGAAUCUCCGCUGGAUCUAAGUCCGCUUCCACAAGGUGAGCAAGGCCUCAUCGUGCAGACGUCUCUUCAAAGACUCCGCAAUCCCCUGGUACGCUAUAUCACAGGUGAUAUUGGCUCGCUUCAUCCCCUCCCGGAAAUGGCCUCUGCCAUUAUUCCUGAAGCCGACCGGGAACACAUCCGUGUGUUGCGCAUGAAGGGCCGGGACACUCGCUUCAGCUUCAAGUGGUAUGGCUGUUAUUUCGAGUUCGAGAUGAUUCAGUCUUUGAUGAAUGCCAAGGAAUGUGGCAUUCUACAGUGGCAGAUUAUUUUGGACGGGCUGGAGACCACGCCGCAGGCUACUUUGGAGGUUCGUUUACUGCGAAGUCCUCCAGGGGAAGGAAUCAUGUCCGAUGACGAUGUUACGCGUCGCAUGGAGGCUUUCUUCCUCAUCUGUCUGGAGAAUGAAAACCUCGCACGUAUUGUUUUCGUGGAUGGUCUCGAUGGGUUCGAGCGGAGCGCUACGGCGAGAAAGGUUAUCAAAUUUGUGGACCGUUGGAAUCGUUGA